AUGCAUGGAUUCGCAUAUUGUCGCUACCCCUUUUCUCCCCUUUUGAUCGUUACCGAGGCCUGGAAAGGGGCCCCCAAAGACAAACAAUCUCUCUUCAGUAGCCUGAAAACCGCGCCCCCCUCAACGGCCAAAAAAAUAAACCUCUUCAACAAGGCAGCAAUACCCCAGGUAUCUUGCAAUACGAAAAAUUCAUCCGUCUUUUUAUUGUUGUAUGAACAAACCGGGCAUGAUGGGUUUGCUCCCGAUGUGCCAAUACGGCGCAAGUAA